AAGUUCACUGCCAGAUAGACGGUGACAUGUGUGAGAUUACCGCUGCUGAAGCUCCUGAAUUUUUCCUUCAUCAUGGCUUUAUCGAUAGGAUCUGGUCCGACUGGCAAAACAGAGGCCCAGAUUACUUGACCAUCUUUUUUGCUAACUUGACGGACCCCAUGGAAGGAACAGAGUAUAGCCCUAGAGAUUUUAUUGACAACAGGAAUCUGCCAAACGUAGAAAGUCCCGAAGGAAAGACCUGUAUUUCAUACGAGGCCCCCUUGGUACCUGUCUACCAGGAGGUAUGGAAGCUCCUGCGGGGAAAGACCCGACAACAGAUUCUCAAAGUCCGACGACACCCCCUGAAGCCUCUUACUGAUCGCCAGAUGAGGUUUUUCCAGGUCAGCCCAGAAGAGCAAAGAAAAGCCAAAGAAAUUCUGCAAGGAUUGGAACCACGUUUCAAGCUGAAGGCUACUGCUUCACUUUUUGGAGAGGACAGGAGUCUUGGAUUCAAAUUAGCCUCUCUUCGACCCACCAACGGAAGGAAGCGUUCAUUCAUUAAAAGAAAGAAAACCCUUCUGAAUGAGUAAGUGGUGGAUGUCUGGUAACAAACUGUAGCCCCUGACACUUCUUGCAUUGUUUUCAAAGUUGUUUUUUAUUCGCAUAAAACGGGCAUCCAGUACUCAUAGAUAAAACGUUUAACUAGAUAAUAGAUGCGGUUAUAGUUGAUAGUUUCGUGCAAAAAUGCAUGAUAACUAAAGUGGUUAGAGAUUGAACAAAUUUGAAAAAAUAAAGCGUUUUGUCAUUGCUUAA